GUGAAAACAAGAGCGGGGGGCCGGAGCCGCCGCCUCGCAGACGCGCCGCGGUGUCCUCGCCUCUCCGCGCUGUGUCGCACCGCCGGGCAUCAGUUCUUUGGAUCUGGUCCUUGAAUACUAAACAUCAUGAGCAACUACAGCGUGUCUUUGGUCGGGCCGGCUCCCUGGGGUUUCAGGCUUCAAGGGGGCAAGGAUUUCAAUGUGCCUCUGUCUAUCUCUCGACUUAAUGACGGUGGCAAGGCAGCCCAGGCACAUGUGGGGAUUGGUGAUGUGGUUCUCACCAUUGAUGGGAUAAGCACGGAUGGGAUGACUCAUCUAGAAGCACAAAACAAGAUCAAGGCAUGUACAGGCAAUUUGAACAUGACUCUGCAAAGAGUGUCUUCUAUACAAAAACCUGAUCAUUUUCAUGUGACAAAGGCAGAACCUACCGAAGUAGUUAAGCCUGUGCCCAUUGCCUCUGCUGCUGCACCCAAAGUCACUGCCACAGCCAGCGUGGCUUUCAAUAAGACACCGAGGCCGUUUGGAGCUGUAACCUCCUCCAAGGUCACCUCCAUCCCAUCACCGUCCUCCGCCUUCACGCCGGCGCAGGCGUGUGCCGUGCCCGGAGUGCAUGCUAGCGCCAAGCCUAACGCGGUGCCGGGCGCUCCUAAACCUGCAGUUCCUGUCCCACGGCAGCACGGUGCCGCCGACGGCGCCCAGGACGCAGCCCAGGGGCCGCCACGAGGAGGCGCGGACAGCCAGGGGGACAGUAAACAGCAAAAUGGCCCCCCGCGGAAGCACAUCGUGGAUACCUACACCGAGUUCUACCACACGCCCACGCACAGCGACGCCAGCAAGAAGCGGCUGAUUGAGGACACCGAGGACUGGCACCCGCGCACCGGCACCACCCAGUCCCGCUCCUUCCGCAUCCUGGCGCAGAUCACCGGCACCGACCACAUGAAAGAACCGGAAAAUGAAGCUGGGAAGAAGACUAAGGAAAAGGUUCCCAUCCACGUCCUUAGCCCUAAAUAUACAAAAUUACGUGACUGGCACCAUGAAGUCUCAGCACGUGUUCUUAAUGUCCAGUGAUUUUACCCAAGUUGCAAAAGCAAAAUACAAACACUUCCUUCCUUUCUUCUUUUCCAUCUGCUUUGCAAAAAAAAAAAAAAAAAAAAAAAAAAGGAAAAAAAAUGAAAAAAGAAAACAUAUUUCAGUAGCCUUUCUGCAAGAGAAAUUCUAGCCUUUUCUAUACUUUUCUAACACUUUCCUACUGAUGUGUAAAAAAUGGGAUGAAGAUGUUUUUGUGCUAAUCAUUAGUUGAAAAAAAAUACAUAUUUAAAACUUAACAACUUGGGUGGCUGAAUCUCCCAAUAUGGGGGAGGAGAUGGCUGUUUCAGUUCUUUUUUCUGCCUUAAAGAAGUAAUUUGCUGAGUUUGAGUUACUGUAGGCUGUUAGAAAACAGAAAAUUUUGAACAAAUGAAUAAGAAAUUGUGUUACUUGAUUCUGGGGCUGGGGGAAGAAGAUGAAGAGGAGAUUGUAUGCACUUAUUUCAAAUUAUCAUACCUACCAGGAAAAUUAUAUUUCAGCAGGUCAACUUUAGACUGGUUGUAAAUGUUUUACAAAGUAUAGCAAUAAGACAGACUGCUUUUAAGCAAAGAAAAGAAAAAUUUAAAAAAUUAUGUUCCGAUGUUUUGAAUUGAAGUGAAAGCUCAAUAUAAUGAUUCUACUGCUUAGACUAGUAAUAUGUUCAUGUUUUGGAAAACUUAAAAAAGAGUAAUCGAGCAGAAUGUUGCUGUGUAAGAGCUUCAACACAUCUAGCAGGGACAAGAUUAGAACAGUAGUAUUUAUUUAUUGCAGAGUGAAGCUUAUAGGCUUUCUCGUGUUUAUGAAAGCUUCACAGCCAUAUGGUUCUCCUGUAAAAUAAUGUAUUAUAGUAGCUACACAUCCAUUAAUUUAUGCAUUUUGAAGCUUGAAGAGUAUUUUAAUAAAAGUUGCUUUUAUCUUA